AUGCCCCACAGCAACCGCAAGAGAAACCUCAAUCACCAUAAGCGUCUCGAAGUCACUGACUCCAGCGGCUGGACGCACGUCACUGCGGGCGGAAAAAGCGCCCGUCGAGCUCUGCGUCCCACCCAACAGCACCAUGACAACUCAGAACAAGGCAAACAGUCCCAGAUCCUUGUCCCCGCCGAAGCGCCGGCGCAGUUGAAUUUGGAAGAUCUCCAAACACAGUUCUGGGGUUAUCGGCAACGAUGGGAGGGGUCGGACAGUUGGAGGGUGGUCGAGAGAGCAUUAUCGUCUGCGCCGGUGAAAGUGGAUCGCAUUGUCUGUAUUGGAUUGGGGAGUCCGAGCGGGUUUCUGAAGGGUGGUUGGGUGGAUAGGAGGAGCGUGUCAAUGUACCAGCUUGCCGGGUUGGUGAGCGUUGUUGAUUUGAUGAGUGAGUCUUACGUUCUCGAUCUUCUGCCCUUCUACAGGCGGGUAGAUAUUUUGCAUACUGACGUUGUCCGAUUAGAAAAAUCAAUCCCGAAUCUCGAAGUCUUCGCUCAGGACCCUGUGUUCAAUACCCAUGACAGAUCCCUGCUCGCUUCUCUUGACAUUACCGUUCUCGACCAUCCCCACGGCUUUGAAAAAGUCUCACCUAGUACUCUCCUCUAUUGUCCCGGCGCAGAACGGACGCACCUCGAACAAUUACUUUCCCACGCGCCUGCGCUGGUAUUUGGUGGUCCAUUAGAAGACAUCGAGUCAGAUGCUGUGAGGCAGUUCGUGGAAUCAAGGUUGUCCGUAAAGAUUUCGCGGUUCGAGGACAUGGAACAUGCAUUCUGGAAUAUGAGAGUAUACUCACCCGAGGAGUGUGAGCAAUAG